AGGCGGGGGGAGGCGGGGGGGGGCGGAGGGGGGGCGAUGGGGGGGGGGGGGGGGAGGCGGGAAGGCGGAGCGGAGGCGGAGGCGAAGGCGAUGGCGGGAGCGGAGGUGGAGGGAACGGAGGCGAUGGUGGGAGCGGAGGCGGAGGCGAUGGCAGAGGUGGAGGCGGAGGGAACGGAGCGGAGCGCAGCGGAGGCGGGGGGAGGCGGGAAGGCAACAGGAAGCGGGGAAAAGGCGAUGGCGGAGGCGAUGGCGGAGCGCGUGGCGCAAGAAUUGCGUGACAACGGCACCGAGAAAGAGAAACCCAGUGACGAUGAUGAUGAGGAGGGCGAAUCGAGCGACGACGAUGAUGAGGAGGAGGACACGAGCGAGGAUGUCGAUUCAGAAGACACAGACUCUGAGGAUGAUGAAGGGAAGAACGAGUCGGGAAAUGAUGUCGACAUGUUCAAGAAGAGUCUAUCUGGAGAUCUUUUAGGAGAAGCGAAGCAGAUAAUAGCGCAGGAGGUGAGAAGAGGACUGUACAAUAAAUCAAGCAAGAGUGAGAAACCUCCUUACAACUUGGGAAAGCGCGGCAGGAACGUACGUGUGUACAACAAGAAAGCUAACUAUCACGUGAACAUGAAGAAUGUCGAAAUAGUUCUGAAGGAAGAUUGCUGCAAGGCCAACUGUUACAAGAAGUUCACGGCGGUAGAUGUUUUCUACAAGCACGAAGAAUUUUGGGCGAUGAAACAACCUGAGCAACUCAACUUCUUUCUCGCAGAGAUGAGGGUUGCGUUGUACUUUUCGAAUGAGGGAGAUUUAGAGGUGUUAAGAGUGACAUUCAAUGGCGUAAAGGUUUGCACAAAAGCGUGGGGAAAGUUGUACGGAUGCUCGACUACACAUGUUGCAAAGAUACGCAAAGAAUUCAGAGAAGGAAUGGUGUUGUACGAAGGAUCAGUCGGAUUAUCUGCUUCAUCACAGUAAAUUCUCGCCUGGUUGCAUGAAUAUUUCCGAUACAAUACUGAG